AUGGCGAGUGGGCCACGCCCCGGGGGCGUUAAGCACAGCCUCCUCAAGGGAUCGUCGCAUUCUCCACCCGUAAGGGACCAGGGCUCGCGCUCUGGCCCAGUGGACUGCCCAGGAGCGGGUCUGAGGUGGGUCUACACCAACAGCUGCUUGCGUAAUGCCGUCUCUGUCAACGGAGGGUUAAUUUCGAUCAGCGUUGCCAUGGAGGGCGUGCAUCUGUACUCCGUGCGGUGUCGCUACCUCAAACCGGUGUCUCGUACAGAGGCAAAUCCAGUAGCCUCAGUAGCCCCAUACGCAGAAGGUUACAGUUCCGAGGAACGCCAAGGCGAGAUAAGGAACGCGUAA